AUGCAAGCCAUCGCGCCGUUCCUGCCCGCCCCGCCGUCGUGGUACCCGGGCCACAUGACGCAGUUCGCGCGCCUGUUGCCGCAGCUGUUACAGCGCACCGAUGUUGUGCUUGAGCUUAGGGACGCGCGGUUGCCGUUGACUAGUAUCAAUCGGACGUUCGAAGUGUACUGGAAGCGCAGCUGUUGCCAGCACACAGCGUACGGCGUGGCUUUAACGUUCGGUGACUCGUUUGAAGACGUGUUCAAGAAGGCACAGGGCGGUUCUUCUUCUCCCUUGAGGCGUGUAGCUCGAAUAGAGUUUGCCAGCAUCUUCUGCGCCCUACAGAAAUGGCGACACGAACGUACGGCCCUCUCACUCGCCUCGCCAACGGGUGCGCCGCGCGUUUGUGAGCGUGUCGUGGUAUUCAGCAAGCGCGAUCUCGUUCCACCAUGGGGUAUUGAGCCCUUCAGACGCACAAUGGAAUCCCGCUUCCCGCACCAAAGAAAUUUCUUCGCGGCCUGGCGAGACGCGAGGGAUAUCAAGGCGCUCAGCGCGCUGCUCGUGCAAAUUGCUCAAGAGCACCCGCAUUUGCCCGAGGUAAACGUCCUGGUGGUCGGCAUGCCAAACGUCGGAAAAAGCACGCUGCUAAACGCAUUGCGAAAUGUCGGGAUUUCCGGACCCACACCCAAAGCGCUUCGCACCUCGGCGACGCCCGGUAUGACGCGUGCGCUGAGUACGCGGUUGAAGAUCUCGCAGACGCCGCUCGUGUAUGCUUUCGACAGUCCGGGUGUUAUGUUGCCGUAUCUUGGGAGUGGACGGAGGGGGGCGGAGAGGGGUGCUAAGCUCGCGCUCAUUGCGGGCCUGAAGGAGGGACUGUACGAGCCGGAGGUGCUCGCGGCUUACCUCCUGUACAGACUAAAUGCCCUCAACGCCGCAGCCCCAGCGUACCUACACCUCCUCCCACCCGGAACACCACCAAUAGACGACGUCGACUACUUCCUCGAAGAGCUCGCAACACGCCUCCAAAUGCUCCGUAGAGGCGGCGUCCCCGAUACGCGUCGAGCCGCAACAUGGUUCGUACGAUGGUGGCGCGAGGAAGGGGCUCGAGCACACGCACUGGCCGCUCCACCGUCUGAAUCGCUUGUACCCGGUACACCGGUACGCGGUGGAUGGGGCUUCGACCUCGAAUGGGAGCUCAAACCAAGCGAGUGGGAAACAUGGGAGAAGAGCAUGCUCGUCCGGCCCAACGCGAAAGCGAAAGGGCAGGAGAAAGAGGAGGUCGAGGUGAAGUUGAGCGAGACGCAGCAGGAGAUCGUGCAGGGGAAGAUGGAGGCGUGCGUGGAUAAGUACAUGAGGGCAAGUGAGGGCGAGGGCGAGGAUGUCAGUACGACGCAGGUCAAGAAGAGGGAGGUGGACGCGCGGAAGAGGAGGCAGAGGGAGCGGAGUAUGGGGAGGUUGGCGGCGAAGCGGGGGAAGCGGUGA